AUUUUGAGAUCUGCUGAUGAAAGUUACGCUAAGUGUUACUGUCACGGCGUCAGAUAAAUUUAACGUUGGCUUUUAAAACCAUACAACGUUUUAAUUCGCCAAAAGCUGGUAAACCUAGAAGAAGUGCAUACAGUGAAGUCAGCAGCUGCAGAAAGCUUCCCUAAUAAAAUAUUUGCUCCUCACUGAAGCCUCAUCAGUGAACAUGUUUUGAUGUGAUACAAGUAAAUUCUUUUGCUCCUCUCUCUUUUCCGUGAAAACAGCAAUAUUUGGAUGUGAAAAAGAUGAGUGGAGGAAGAAGAGGGAGGCAAAUUUCUUUUGAAGUUAUUCUUAAGUUCAGCACUUUAAUAAUGUGGAUUGAUGCUUUUGUACCUGUCUGAAUCUGGCUUUCUUGGGCUGUCCCUCUCUCAGAAUAGGUGGAAAAACUGCCCCGACCAUUAGAGUUCAGCAUUUGUACUCAGGAAGCGUCAUAUGGUGCCCAGUAAAAGCAUGUAGCAGUUUCUGGUCUUAGAAAGAAAAAUGCAUUCUGAAUGAUAACUACUGCUUGCUGAACUGAACUGCAAAGAUCUCAUGCUUUGGAGAUGAAGAUGAUAAACCCAAGGAAAUAAUCCAGCUGCUGCCAUUGUGGCAACUGAAAGAUCCUUUGUGUCAAAAUGAACAGUCUUUGAGAAAAUCUGGAAAGCCAUUAAAUCUGAAAAAUGGGAGAAAGAGUAAGGAGCCCAGAUUCUGAACAUGACAGGAAAUCAGAGGGGGAUAAAAAUAGUGACUCCUAUUAUUCAGAUGAAGAUAAUGCAUCUCGUUCAUCUGGCCAGUCGCCAACACUAAGCUAUCCAUCUACGAGCCAAGAAAAAAGAGAUCACAAAACACAAACUUCAAACAGCCUUGUGCACUACCAAGCCACAAAGAAAUUGGGUUCCAAAUAUGCACCAAGCAAAAGAGGGACGCGGUGGGGUUUCCGUUCUCAGAGCCUCACUAGGGAUUCUCCUGCAAAAGAUAUAGAUCUUGUUACAAAAAGAGUUCUUUCAGCUAGGCUGCUGAAAAUCAAUGAGCUCCGAAAUGAACUGACUGAACUCCACAUCAAACUAGAUGAGCUGCAGAAGGAAAACAGGGCACUGAAGAGGCUUCAGCACAGGCAGGAGAAAGCCUUGAAUAAGUUUGAAGAUACGGAAAACGAAAUCUCUCAGCUCCUUGCUCGGCACAACAAUGAGAUUAGAAUACUAAGGGAGCGCCUACGAAAAUCUCAAGAGAGAGAACGUGCAACUGAGAGACGGCUGAAAGAUUCGGAAGAUGAACUGUACAGAACAAAAACUGUCUUGCAGAAAUUGAAGAAGCUGUCUGCAGAUAAGCACCUUGCCGAAAGAGAUGACCUGGCAAAGAAACUAGCCUAUGCAGAGAGCAGGCUAGAGGACAGUGAAAAAAGAAUUAAGGAUCUGGAAAAAAAUCUUGAAUUGAGUAGUAGCAGUUUUCAACGAGAGUUACAUUCAAAGAAGAAAAAAAUGUAUGAGGCUCAAGAAGAAAAUAGAGUUCUCCAAGAAGAGCUUCAUCAACUAAAUCAGAAGCUGAAGGAAAAAGAAAGAGAACUUGAAGCAAAAAAUAUAUAUGCUAAUCGUAUGUUGAAGCUAUCACCAAGAAAAGACACGGAUAUUAUACAAAGAAAAAGAGCCAACAACCAAAAUAUUAAAAAAGGAGCACAGCUCACAAAAGGUGUACAGACCAGUGGAUACUUCUCACCAGUAGAAUUUCUUCCCGAAUCAGAACUUGUCUGUGGUGACACAGUAAACAAGAAAGAAGGGAUUCUUCCUAAAAUAGAAAAAGAAACUCAAGACAAGGGAUGGAAGGAGCAAGCAGACUUCCCGAGACAAGACCAAGACCGGGAAAGGGAAGAGAAACUGAAACGUUUUCCGGAAAUACAGGCUUUAGAGGAGAGGGGUCUAAAACUUCAUGAUGAGUGGGAAAGGGAAGAAUAUGACAAAAUGAAAAAAGAAAGCAGCUUUUUAUUGGAUAAAGAAGAGAAAACAAAGAUGGAGACAGAAAUCCACAAACCUGAAGUAGAGAGAGAAAGCACUGAAAUGCUGGAAGAGCGGCGAAAAAGAGAGUUCCUGCUUACUAAAAUGCAAGAAAUUGAUAGAGAAACGCAAAAUAUGACAAACAUGAAACCUGCUUCCCAAGCACCACUCAUAAAUACAGCAAGAAAGUCUGAUUCCCUGGAGAAAAAAGAAAAAACUAAUCAAUUCUUUGAGAUUCCCGGGAAGGUUACUAAUGGAUUUCCUGCAGAUGACAGCCAGGAUGAUGCCACAAGAGCACAAGGGCAGAAGCAACGAAGUCUGAGGACUGUAGAUUUAAGUAGUAAGUUAACGUUUGGUAGUUAUGUACCUUCCUUUGGGAAAGGAUCGGGGAGACCGAGUUGGCUUACUCAAAAAAGUGACAACUUGGAAGAAAAUGUUAAGGAAAAUGCAGAUUUCAAUAGUAAGAAAGAAAAAAAGUCCAAUUUAAUGGAGCAACUCUUUGGAAGCAGUGCCAGUACCAUUCUUUCUACAAAUAACGAUACAACACCUUUUGACAUAGAUUGGGACUCUAGUAAUACUCUUCUUGUCGAUAAAAACAGUAAAGUCAAAGAAGACAAUGAGCUUUUUGGUGAAGGAAGAAACCUAAACAGACACCGUUUGCAACACACUACAAGCAAGCCAGGAGUUAAGACCCUUGGUUCUUUAGAGGAUGAAAUCGAAGAAGUAAUCUUACAAUGAUCAUAUUUUUGUAUGUUUCAUAUGUAAAUACUGAAAAAAUAUUUUCAUGUAAUAUUUAUUAGAUACAGAUUUGAAACAUUUCAGAUAUAUUGUAAAGCCUUAUGAAGGAAUAAUUUACAUAAAUGGGAAUAUGUAUAGAGGAAAGAUGCACUUUGAUAAAACAGCCUAACCUACAUGCAGGAAAUUUCGUCUGAAAUGUAAUAUCCAAAUACAGACCUUGGAGAUAUGGCAGUGACUCUUUUGGCAGAAAGACAGGGAAGGUGUCCUGAGGGACUUUGAUAGAUGAGGCACUCGGAGAGCCUCUUAACUGUGUCAGGAGAAG